UGUUCCGCAACUUGUUGGUCAAUUGAAAAAAGUCCCAAUUGCGAAAAGAAAGAAAUGCCGCCAGCUAAAUCAAACAAGUUCAAGACUUCUCGUUUCCCUGCUGCCCGUAUCAAGCGGAUCAUGCAGUUGGAUGAGGAAGUGGGUAAACUGGCUAGUGCUACACCCGUCAUGAUCUCCAAGAGUUUGGAAUGUUUUAUCCAAGUACUGCUUGAUGAGAGCUGUAAGACUGUUCGAGAGGCCGGUGCGAGGAAAUUGACGGCCGGGCAUCUGAAACUGAUGAUCAACACGAAUCCUUCAUUCGACUUUCUUCGUGAACUGACAGAAUCGAUUGCCGAUCUGCCUUCUGCCGCUGCUCCUGGUGCGGGGCCGUCCACGUCCAAAGCCCGGAAAGCAUCCACCAGCGCCGCCGCUGCCGCUGCUGCUGCUGCUGCUUCUGGGGAAGGAGAUGAAGAUAAUUUACCUGGUAUGGGUACCGCCGCGAGGAGAGCUCCCAGAGGAGCGGGCAAAGGAAAGCAGCCAGUGACAGGCAUAGCCGGGAAAGGGUUGGAUGUGGAGACGUGGGCGAAAGGGGAGCAAGAAAGGUUGGGUGAGGGGGGUAUCGCGCCUGGUUGGGGAGGGGGAGGAGCACCGAUAGCGGGCACGGGGGAGGGGUGGACGGCUAUGCCAUGGAGUGGAUCUGGAUCUUCGUCUUACCCUCCUGCCCAGGCGCAUGCGCUUUCUCAAUCCGCUUUACCCACUUUGCAACCCCCACAACAGCAACCGCAACAGCCCCAGGCCCAGCCGCAGCCCGAACCGGAGGAAAUACAACAGCAGCAGCAGUCAGUGACGAUGAUAGGAUCUUGGAAACAGGAUAUGACAGGUGGAGGGGGUACGGGGGAAGGUGGAAGGGGGAUGUUUGAUGAUUAUGAGGAAGAUGAGGAUGAUUAUUAG